AUGGUGAUGGAACAAAGUGAUUUAGCAAAUAAGAUUUCUGAAUUGUGCCUCAAUUUUUAUAAUAAACUGCCGAAUGGUAACAAGUAUAAAGCAUCAGAAUGGACAAUUCUCUCGGCAAUAUGUAUGCAACGUGACACAGACAAGUUUGAAAUCGUCAGCAUGGGAACGGGUACGAAAUGUAUUGGAGCAAAUAUGUUGACAGCUAAUGGUGACAUAUUAAAUGAUUCUCAUGCUGAAGUUCUAGCACGUCGUGCAUUCAUACGCUUCCUAUUGCAUCAGAUUAGCUGUGUAAAGGAUAAUAAUAGUGAUGCAAAAUCGAUUUUCCAACUCGAUGAGAAAAGCAAGCGUUUCAAGUUAAUGGAUAAUGUAAAGUUUCACAUGUUUACGACCUCAACUCCGUGCGGUGAUGCUAGUAUUUAUGCUACAAAUGACAAUCACGAUGAACCGGAUACGAAACGUGUAAAGUUAAAUGACACAUUACCAGAUGGAUUUACUGGGGCAAAGUUAAUGUUUGAUGAGGAUGUGGAGGAUCCAAUGGAGCAGACGGAAGGAAAGAUUCGUAUAAAACCAGGCAAAGGCGACCGUACUAUGUCAUUAUCGUGCAGUGAUAAAAUUGCACGUUGGAAUUUAGUCGGAAUUCAAGGAUGUAUGUUAUCAUCAUUAAUCCAUCCAAUUUAUGUCGAAACUAUUAUUCUGGCUGAUGGAACUCCAUAUAAUCAGAAUGCAAUGGAACGAGCAUCAUGGAGGAGAUUUGUUGAUGCUGAAAAGUUUCUUGAAUUUCCAUUCAAGUUAAACAAACCGAAAAUUCUUAUUGCAAAUAAUAAAAUGAAAUUUAAAUUUGCUCGAAACGAUAAGGAACGUAUAAAUCCAUCGUCAAAUUCUAUCAUCUACAGUCAACUACCGGAAAAGAUGAGACCCAUCGAAGUAUCUGUGGGCGGUAAACGUCAAGGCGUCACUAAGAAGCAUUUACAAUCACGUAAAGCGCAUUUAAAGAUAUCCAAAAUUGAAUUAUUCACUGAGUACAUGAGCAUCUUGAGCGAGUUUAGCGAAUUAAAAUCACAUUUAUAUUCAAAUGCCAUUAAUUUUGAUGAUUUAUGCUAUAACGACAUAAAAUCUUUACCAAAGAAUGAAUAUUGUGUGCAAUGGAAGCGUUUGAGGGAGGGAUUAUUGCCGAAUUGGACCACGAAAAAUGAAAAUUUAUCGAAUUUUAAAUCGUAUUUUUGUCACUAA